AUGACGUCCACACUCGGCCCAUAUGAGACCUACAAGCGUGAUAUCGGCCCCUUCGUCUACUGGGUCUUGCAACAAUCCAACGCCGUUGUCCGGUCUCUGCCAUUGUCAAACACAAUCGUCCAUCAAGUGUCUCUCGACAAACCGCAGAUCGCCCCUGAAAGCCUCGUUUCCCACUGCAAGCUCAUCGGCAAGCUCCUUGUCAGCAAGGAAGAUAUUCCAAAGCCCGUCACGGCCUUGCUUCAAUCCGUCAUGGACGAGCUAGCGGCUCCCUAUGCCACCUUUCAACGUCUCGCAACCAACAAGUCACACCCCGACGUCAAGAAUGGCAGUGCUUCCCUCAACGCCUUGCUCACAGCCCUGCGAGACUGCGCCCUCGCUCUCCACUGUUGGGAAUUGAUCCUGCAUCCUGAUACCUUGUCAGACUACCUGUCUUCCUCCCUUCCCUUCACCAAAGAAAAGCUCGACGGGAUGGACUCAGAGCAAGCAACCCCUCAGGAAUUCGGCCAUCGGGUUGGACAUCAGCGGAAACAAGCUAAGCCUGGUAAAGGCAAGAGGGCUAGGCGCAGGAAGGAGGGCGAGGCAUGCAAGGCCAAGGCCAAGGAUACCGAGAAGGGACCUCCCGUCGACGUGUUCGUGGAGUCGAUGAAGGAGCCGCUAGAGAGCUUCGGUGUGACUCUAGGUCAGGAUGGCAUUAAAAUCGAUUACAUCAUGGCUGUCUACGAGUUAUUCGAAAAGUGUUUUGAGCUCAGAGCAUAUCUUCAGGAGGUGUGGUACGAGGUUGCCUACGAAGGGCUCAAUAUCGCAGUAGCGGGUGCCCUUUCCAACAUGGCCAUUUUGCAGGUACAACGUUCCGAGGAAAGGCUUUUGGCAGGCUUUCCUGAAGACAAAAAGACGUAUCACAGCGUCAUGGGCAUCAUGUCUUCCGUCUUUGGAUUCGACGCCGAGGCAGAGAGCUCGGAAGCCAACAAAGGAGAGGAUGCCAAGGAGAUGUUUCUAGUGCAUACCUACCACGAUCUUCUGGAUUUUCUUACUGAUUACCGGAAGAGUGAAAACGGUAGACCGACAAAAGGAAUGAUGAAGGAAGUCAAACACUGGAAACACGACUUCGACCUCAGACACGCCACCACGGAAGAACGUCUCAAAUGGCGUCGUUUAUACACCAUUCGCUGGCUAUACCACCUAGUCGAUCAAUGCACCCUCGGGAUGAUGGCGGUGGCCAGCGUUUGCCACAAAAAUAUCCCGGACCGUAAAAAGGCUGAAGAAGCACAAAAAGAAGCACAACGCCGAAAAAUGUUGGGGAUCCAUGAGUUUGCCGCGUUUAUCAAAUAUCUCACUUACGAGAAGUCCGACAUUGGUAUUCGCGAGAUGAUUCACCCUCAUCAUGUUUUUCAACUACAGUGCAUUGUCGAUUCGCUUGCUGUUACAAAGGGUUGGACAUUUGAUCUACUCAAGGGGCACGUUUUGAUUGAACCUCCGCACGCCAACAAGUUCAGCCCAAUGCGCGAUGUAAAUCAUUUUCUACUAAACAUCGGCGACAAACAGGCAGGCUUCCUCAAGGGAUUCUUGGACUUGAAAGACAAAUUGACGGCAGAGGGCGCAGGGCGUCCAGCGACAGACAACUAUGCGCAAAUCCAAGCGAUACUCAAGUCCGCCUGCGAUAUAUACUGUCAGUUUGUCGGAGAAGGACCAAACUUCUUGUGGAACUGUUCGCCCUUUCUUUGCGGCGUCAGCCUUGUAGAAGCUCUAGACUUUCAACUUACCUCCAUGAUGCAUGUCUGGGGGCAACAUCGUGAACCUGUGAUACUAAUGCACUUAUACAACAUGCUCCUCCGCGAAGGCUAUCUCGACAAGCGCAUUGAUUUGUUCGAAAGCCUACAGCUGAUGUUCUUAAAUGGCGUCUUCGCGGGUGGAAAGAUGUUUGCCUUAGGCUAUGCCGGGGGCCUAACUCACCAUGUCAAGCUCCUGGACUACUUCGCCGAUAUACAGAACAACAAUAAAGCAAUGUGGAGGGCACCGACUGGUUCUGGGAUAUCCUAUUGUCCUACAAACCCACAUGGUUCUUUCUUGGUGCGCUUACGCGACAAGGCAUGGAACUGUUUCGAUAUCUCUGAAGGGGGAUUGCCUCUAGAUGCGUUUCGUGCGAGGCUUAGCAUUGCUCAAGCGAAGCAGGUUCAUGAUCAUAACACUGGGAAGAAAAGUUUAGAGGGAACAGGGCUUGUUAAGAUGGCCAGGGCCGCACUUCCCGCCGAAGGCCUCACUGAAGACCUCGCCGAGAAAAGGUUGUUAGAUUUGGCGGAUGGGCUGCGGGAACUCCUCCUGACGGAAAGGCAACGAGCACAAGCUUCAGAUGGCAGGCCGGUCCAAAAUGACACGAUAUGUCUCAGCACCAGUGAGUGGUUCGACGUCGCAAAGGUCGAUAUCCAGGCCGAUGUCGAGGGCGACCGUCCUUUCUGCGGCCUCAACUACGCCAAGCUCACGUGCCACGUACUCGACAUUUUUAGAGAUAUCGAGAAAGAGCUACACGCUUCGGGCAGCGAGACUUAUUCCGUUAUGUACGGCGAUGACGGCGAGUAUUACAAAAAGUUCCCCACAAGGUCAGGCGCACGUUUUAUCCUUUUUGCGACCGCCUUGACGCGGAGAGACGAGAAACUUCUUCAGAUUGCCGCUAGGACUUUGGCGAAGUCGGCCCGGUUGUUGUCGGAGUACGUUUUUUGGGAUAAGCUCAAGUUUGGUGGCACCGGGAGAUCAUCAUCGCCAGAGACGGAUAGUGAUGAUGAUGAUGGCAUUGAAACUGAUGCCACUUCUUGUACUAUGCCCCUGGAGGAGGAGGUUGUUCAUAUGGAUGAGUGCGUGGUUGUCAAGGGCGUGGCUUUGGAUGACGGGACUGUGUUGGUCAGGAAGACAUGA